UCUUUUUCACCGUCCCCUCUCUCUCUCUCUCUCUCUCAUUCGUGUUCCCUUACAAACCGAAGAUGAUAAAAGCGUUUCAAUUCUCAUUGCGCGCCAAAUCGCGGUAGCAGCACAGUGUGGCCAACCUCGCUAUCCACGUACUAGACACAAAAAUAGGUCGUACCUUUUUUUUCCUGUAAAAGAGGGCAUGUCAUUGGACGUUUAUAAUCAGAUCUGAAAGCUCCAAGAAAUGGCUCAAUUGUCUGAUUCUUAUAACACACUGAUCAAACCUGAGAAUGAAAAUCAAGAUAGUUUUUGGUCGGAGGAACUCGAUGGCAUUCCGUUGAAACAACGAUUAAAAUUGCUACUCGCGAGUAAGCGACUCUCUGAUUUUGGAGUCAUUAAAUUGGAAACAGAGACACCUCCAAUUCACAUUGGUGUUACCGAGGAAGAUCAGAGCUGUGAUUCACAGGGCUUCUAUCCCUCUUGCUCUGCCAGGGAACAGAGGAAUGAAAGAUUUUCACUAGAAAAAACUCAUACUGAUGUGCUGGGAGAAUACAGUUGCCAAGGGACGCUUGUGGGUGACUGCAUUUGUUCAGAUCGUUUGAUAUGUUCUGAUGUUAACAGUACUAGUGUUGGAGUGGAGAAAGUUGACACUGGUGCAAACAUUUUACUUCAAUGUUCAAUGUUGUCAAAGUAUCCUGUCAAAGUAAAUAUUGAGUAUGCUGAUAACAGCUCAUUGAGUUCAUCAGGAAAUGGUGUAAAUGGCUAUUCAGGUGCUGAUGUGCAAGCAAAAAAGAUACAACCUGAGAUUUCUGAUGAUUUUAAUGAUGAUCUUGAUUAUGUUGUUCUGAAAGAGCGCCAGAGGAUGCUGCUGUCAAGGAAAUCGAUGGAAUUUACAAGAGCAGUUCUAGAGGAUGAUUCUUCGUGGUUGUCUAACCCAGUUGUGGAAGAUAUGAUUCAAUGCUGUGGUGGGAUAGGUAAGAAAGAGAGUCGUUUUGGUGACGGAAAAUCCUCAGUCGGUGGAACUCAUACUCAUGCUGUUUCUGAAAGAAAUGUUUCUGACUUUCGCAAGAAGCAGAAGUCUGGUUCAUCAAAUAGUAUUAUUGCAGGAUCGUCUUCUACAACUCCUCAAUGUUCAUCGUUAAAGGGGUCCUGCCAAGGGAUUGAAUCAAUUAAAUCUGAAAACUUAAUGGGAGUUCAAGAAAAAGACGGAGUUUCCUCAUCUAAGAAAGCUCCCAGCAUAUAUGAAUCAAGUGGUAGGCAUGAUUUUGUGUCUGGUGACCGCAAUAGCAUGCUUGGUUCAACUUUAACAAGUUUUGCUACUGUAAAGGUUGAACCCUUGGAUAACAGUGACUUGCACAAUCGGAACAAGAAUGCAGUCAGUAACUUCCCCUUGGAAAACAUAGUAUCAGUGAAGAAGGAACUUGAAACCCUUGAAGAAUCUUAUGGAGAUGAACUAGACGAUAUGUUGCUACGAGAGCGAAUGAAAUUGCUGUCACCAAGAAAGGUUCCUAAUUUGGAUAUUUCCCAAAACUUCAAAUGCUCGAGGAAAAUUGUGCCCUCUGCCAUAGACAGUUCCCCUAUUUUAUCUGAACCUGCUAAACCAUUAAGAAUCAUUCAUCCACGGAAAAGGAGAAAAACUGCCACCGAUUCGGUUGAAACAGCACUGGAGGAAGAUGCUCCUGGACUCCUGCAGGUUUUGAUUGACAAAGGGGUAUCAAUCAACGAAAUGAAGCUUUAUGGUGAAAUGGAGAGUGAUGAUUCCCUCGAAGAUUCAUUCAGUGAAGGCAGUUUCACAGAGCUUGAAGCUGUGAUGUCAAAGCUUUGCUCCCAGCGUCCCUCGUUAUUGAAGUUUGCUCCCGUACGGUGCGUUAAGGGUGAGAAGGCUAGUUAUUGCUUGGCUUGUCUAAUAUCGCUUGUGGAGCAGGCACGGUAUCUACAGUUUCGGAAAUGGCCUGUUGAAUGGGGUUGGUGCCGUGAUCUCCAGUCAUUUAUAUUCGUCUUUGAAAGACAUAACAGAAUAGUGCUGGAACGUCCUGAAUAUGGCUAUGCUACAUACUUCUUUGAGCUAGUGGAUUCCUUGCCCAUUGAUUGGCAGGUCAAGCGGUUGGUGACUGCCAUGAAGCUUACUAACUGUGGCAGGGUUACCCUAAUUGAGAACAAAGCACUAGUGGUUGGAAAGGACUUGACUGAAGGUGAAGCUCGGGUGUUAACGGAAUAUGGCUGGGUACCAAAUACUGGCUUAGGAACUAUGCUUAACUACUGCGACAGAGUUGUUCAUGACAGGAAGAAUGAGAUUGACAGCUCAGAAUGGAGGUCAAAGAUUGGGAAGUUGCUUGUUAACGGUUAUAGUGGCGGAAGUAUUGUAUUAACUGAUAUCCCGAAGAGUAUAGAACACAGCGUCAGCCAGAGCCCACAGAUCAAGUUGGAGUUCUAGUUUGAGGUUAGUUCGGUCCAAAAAAUUGUAAAUACUUGUUAAGUAUGAAGCAGUUAUCAAAUGCUUUUAGUCAGUCUGAGUCGUCAAAAUAGUUUAGUCAUUGUAGUAGGUUAAUUUAAGCAUUUUGGGUUAAAGGCUCAAAGAAUUGAUUGGCAUCAUUAAAUCAUAUCAUAUUUUGUGGCUAGACUUGUCAGUUUUCAAGGAUUGAAAUUACAAAAUGAUUAGGAAGUUCAUUAUUGUGAUUUAUUCACAUAGUUCAUUGCCACCACUUAACAAAGCCUUUGAUAAAGAGCCUGGGUGGAUGUACUCUUAAUUUUGUUUA